GCACAAGCCAGGACGACCUUAGGUUGUACCGAGAUCAUCAGGCGGCGUCACGCGGCCCAUUUUCUGCCACGUGUCAUGCAGUUAGGUUUCUCUCGCUGUCGAAUUUCUGCUCGGUUUGCGCCGGGCUGUGGUGUUCGUUUCUUAUUUUGCGUGUUACAACUUGUUGCUCUGCGGUGAUUAGCUGAGAGAUCGGCAGAGACCGACUUUUUCAAAAUGAGUUCAUCUUUCAACCGGUCGCCAGGCCAGUCCGUGCACAACCGCGGCAAGACAGCAGGGGGGUCAGCGGGCCGAGCCUCCGCCUCCGUUCCUGCGGUCCUGGUAACUGAUCCCGAGCCUCUGAUUGGUUCUGGAGUUCCCGAUGCUGCUGUAACACCCAAUACCGCCCGUGCUGCUGCUGGUGGUGGUGGUGGUGCUGCUGCUGCUGCUGCUGCUUCUGCUGCUGGUCUUGCUGGUGGCGCUGCUGCUGUGGACGCUGGUGGUGAGAUGAGAGAUGCGAGAAGAGGGGGGUGGGACGAGGGAGCCUGGUGGGGGGGGAGGGGAGGAGUCACAGCCGGAGGAGGGAUGGCAGUCGAAGAUACCGUGCCGUUGCUUCCCAAGCAGCUGCACUUUGAGCAGCUGCCAGCCCCGGCCCUUUCCCAGCCACCCUACGGCCAGGAGCAGCAACAGCAACAGCAACAGCAACUGCAAUCACCGUAUUUGCAAGUGCAUCAGCACCAGCAGCAGCAGCGGCAAACACAGCGUCACCAGCCAUCGCAUGACCAACCAAGCCAGCAGCAGACGGAGUAUCGAGGCGUGGAGAGCACAGACGGGGCAUCGUACGACGUGCACCAGCACCGCCACCAGCAGCAGCAAUUGAAACCACCUCAGCAGCAACAAUCUUACCACCCGCAGCCGCGCCAGCAGCAGCAGACGGAGUACCGAGACGUGGAGAGCACGGACGGGGCGUCCUACGACGUGCUCUGCUGGGCGUGCGGCCUCUGCCUCUCCCUCCCCUCCUUCUCCCCCAACUUCAAAUGCGGCUACUGCGGCGCCCUCACCCUCCAAUCCCCCCGCUCCCCCUCCUCCCCCUCCCCAUCCCCCCCCUCCUCUAGUGCGCCCGUGUCCUCCGCCUCCGCCCAUUCUGUGCCAGAUAAGCCGCUAAGGCAGAGGCGGUGCAGGGCGUGUAUUGCCGCGUGGGAUAUGCUUGUGCUGACAGUGGUUAUCCUUCUCAUCACCUUUAUUAUUGUUGGCGGCAUUCUCACCACAUUCCCCGUCAUCUGCCCCCUCCACCCUCCUUACCGCCACCACUCCCCUCCUCUCCUCCCUCUCCCCCUCCCUUUCCUCCUCCACUCCCUCAUCACUCUCCUCCUCUCUCUGCAAACCAUCUUCAACUUCCUCUGCUCCGCCCUCCUCCCUGCCGGCCCGGUCAAGCGCAUGGCCUUCGGCUCAGCAGACUUGCCCACUGUAUCAUCAGGCUCGUUCGACGGCUGGCGGUUGUGCCGCCGCUGCCACCCCCCGCGCGCCAAGCCCCCCGGGGCUCACCACUGCGGCAGCUGCGGCACGUGCGUUAUGGACAUGGACCACCACUGCCCGUUCAUCGGCAACUGUGUGGGGCGGGCCAACCAGCGGCACUUCCUGCUCUUCCUUCUCUCCACCAUCCUCAGCUGCUCCUAUGUCUGCCUCAUGGCCGCAACCACCCUCUACCUCCUCCUCCCCACUCUCGACCUCACCCCCCACAUGCCCCACACUCCCCCUGCCGAUCUCACCACCCUCCUUUCCACUGCCACGAAAGCUUUUGCCGCUGCCCUUUGGGCUGCCCGAAAAUAUCUUCCGAUCCGGGCGCUUAUCGCGUUUUACCUCUUUACUCUUGCACUCGGCACGGGGAUUUCUGUCUCCCUCCUACUGUACCAGCAGUUAGACUUCAUAUUAUCAGGGGAGGGGGGGUAUGUAGACUCGCUAAAAGCGAAAAAAGGAGCCGGAAAUGACAAGGUGAUGUGGGAGGGAGCGAAAAGGGUUGUACCGGGGAGAAUAGUGGAUCGGCGUCAAGAAGGGGUGUGCUCACUUUGUGGGAAUGGGGUUUGGACUAAAUUGUUUAAUCGGUCUGGUGUAGAUGUAUACAGGGCUUUUAGGGGGGUGUUUGGUUCUGGCAGCCCUUGGUUUUGGUGCUGUCCUCGUGUUAGGGCUCCUAGAGGAUCAUUAGCAGCGAAUUACGAUGGAGUGAAGGAUCUUUGAACUAUUUACUCUUACGUAUUGUUCCGAAAGUUUUGGCACCACAUGUUUUUGUGUGAUACGGUGAAGACUUGAAGAGAGGGCGGGCUUUGAUAUUUUAUC